CCACUUCGUGCCAUCAUUCUACAUCAAGUGCCAUGAUGACUGACGAGCAGUUGAACUUCCUCUUCCUGAAUCUCCAUUUUCUAUCCAUGUAUCUGGCUGAACAGGUUUUUCCAUUAGUGACUCAGUAUGAGAUUCUUCAGAAAGUGUGUGGCAACAUCAGAGAUUUCCAUGGGUUGAUUUUGAAUGGUUACGUUGAGCGCGAGAUUGUCGAAUAUGUCUUACCUCAGCUUCAACAUAUGGCUGAAAAAGUUGGAAUCUUCCUCUGGGAUGAUCUAACUAAUGAAGACUCCAAAGUAUUCAAGCUACCUCAUCUACUCAUGAAGAUUAUUCCAAUUGAACUGGAGGUGAUGCACAUAUGUUAUACAAACUUGAAAGCUUCACCAUCAGCAGAAGUUGGACGCUUCAUUAACCAGCUCCUGGAAACCUCUCCAGAAGUUCUGAGGGAAUAUCUGAUUCAUCUACAAGAGCACAUGAUAACUAUUACUACCUCUAGCACUUCAGGGGCUCGAAACAUUCAUGUCAUGAUAGAGUUCUUAUUAAUUGUUCUUACUGAUAUGCCGAAGGACUUUAUUCAUCAUGACAAAUUAUUUGAUCUUAUGGAACGUAUUGGAGCACUUAUCAGGGAGGUAUCAACUCUCGUUCACAACUUAGAAGAAAAAUCAAGGAAUGAAGAGAGUACCGAUGAAACAAGUUGUGCAUCUCUAGACUUGCGGAAAAAUAUUGAUCUCCUCAAGGAAGAUCUCAAAUAUGUUUAUCUGAAAGCCCCAGACCCAUGUCAAUGGUGCUUCCCCAUGAGUGAUGGACCGCUCUUUAUGCAUCUGCUACACAUACACUUAAAUGAUUUGCUAGAUUCCAAUGCUUAUUCAGUUUCUUUGAUAAAGGAAGAAAUUGAGUUGGUCAAAGAAUGCCUAGUAUUCAUAAGAUCGUUCUUCGUGAAUGUUGAGCAAAGACUGUAUAAAGAUCUGUGGGCAUGUGUUUUAGAUGUGGCAUAUGAGGCUAAAGAUGUCAUUGAUUCAAUUAUCGUAAGAGAUAAUGGUCUCUUACAUCUUAUUUUCUCACUUCCCAUCACCCUAAAAAAG